GGCUAUGUUGAGGCGUAAGCAAUAUAGGUUAUCAUCAGAUAGCAGACACAAGUCUUGUUUACGGCUCGUUUACGUAAUAGGAACAGCUUCGUGAGACAUUCUCACUCAUUCUCACUGCAUAUUAAUACAUUCCAGACGGCAUGGCAAAGAAUUUGAGUGCAAAAAUCGGCCCAUCGAUUUUAAACAGCAACCUGGCGCAAAUUUACGAAGAAUCGCAAAAGCUAUUAGACAAUGGCGCUGAUUUCUUGCACCUAGACGUGAUGGACGGUCACUUUGUUCCAAAUCUAACGUUCGGUCAUCCGAUCGUCAAGUGUCUUCGUAGUAAAAUAAAAGACGCUUUCUUGGAGACACAUAUGAUGGUGUCCAAACCAGAACAGUGGAUCGAACCCAUGGCCGACGCUGGUGUAGAUCAGUAUACAUUUCAUGUGGAGCCAGUAGAGGAUGUUCCUUUAGUUUGCAGAAAAGUGAGGGAAGCAGGAAUGAAGGUUGGUGUGGCACUCAAGCCAGGAACACCUGUAGAUGUGGUGACAGAUUAUGCGGAUUUAGCAGACAUGAUUUUAGUGAUGACUGUAGAACCUGGUUUUGGUGGACAGAAAUUUAUGGAAUCAAUGUUAAAGAAAGUGACAUGGUUAAGAGAAAACUAUCCUGAACUAGAUGUCGAAGUUGACGGUGGAGUUGGAUUAACUACAAUUGAAGCUUGUGCAAAGGCUGGUGCUAAUAUGAUUGUGUCUGGCACAUCUGUCAUAAAUGCUAUUGAUCAAGCCAAAGUAAUAACUACUCUUAGAGACACAGUAAAUUGCUAUUUGGAACACAGUCAUUCAACAACUCAUGGCAACUGAGGGUACUGUAAAUAUA